AAACGCGUAGGUACCUACAGCUGGGAAACUCAAGGAAAGGUGCACAGAGACCAACAAGCACAUUACGCUUAUUCCUUGAUUACUACUCUUGCUGUUGUUAUCCCUCUUCCGAUGCCUCCACACACCGAAAACCUUAUCCCGUGGAUUGCCAAUGAAGAAUUCCAGAAGGCUUACAGGAAGACGCAUCGAUAAUCUACCAGAGAAGCACUCUAGACUUUCGAAGGAACUAUUCAACCGAGGGGACUCAUGGUAUUGGGGCCCUGAAAGUGCAAACGGCGUGUUCGUGUCCAGGGGCCGUCCUUCCGCCAUGAAUUAUAUGCGUCGGGAAAAAGCGUAUUUCAUGGACUCGACAUCAAUACUCGCGCCCUCUUCUAAAAAAGACUCCUGGAAGAGUACACCAAGUUCAAGGUUGAACGCCAAGAGGGCGCAAUCCGGUGGGGGUUCCAAAUGGCGUAUGGGACCACAAAGACGGUGGAUUUCGAAGAUCAUCAAUUUAUAUUCGAGUACCGAGGGCCGAACAUGGAGCCUAAGCUGUCGAAGGAGAAUUUUGACGGCGGGGAUUGAUUACAUUGGAGUUCCAGCAAGGAUAAUCCGGACCCAAAUAAGAACCCUUACACCCGGAAGGAGUCCUCUUACAAGUAUCUGACCAGCCCGCCACCGACAUAAACUGGCAGUAGCACCCACUGAGA